CGUCAAAAUGAUCGCACGGCGGCCGUUUCUCCACUGCUUAUGCAUCAUUGCAACUCUAACUGUGUCACGCGCUUUGGCGGAAAAUGGAGUGCAGCAAGGAAAUGAUCUGAGUCGGGUUCGAGUUCGCAGACAGGCAGAUAACUCAACUACCACUACGACGCCCACAACUACGACGACCACACCUACGACAACCACAUAUUCGACAACCACAACCUCCGCAACUACAACAAAGUCCACCACUACCACAACAGCAGGGAAAUCCACGACAAAGAGCAAAACAGAGCAAUAUGCCAAAGUUCCGUGUUCUGGGGUCAAUCCCAAACUUUUGACCUCUUGCUGCGAGUCUCCAAUCGCGGACUUCUUUACGGAUGAUCAGAAACUGAAUUGCAGCGAAAAGAAAAGGAAACCACUUUUGUUUUCCGCCACUCGCGAGUACAUGCUGAGCAAAUUCCAGGACACGAAAACCGGAUUGAUUGACUUCAGCACGAAGCGUUUUGCCGCACAAAUCGGGCCACGGGCAGUUCUUGCCCAAUGUCUUUUCCAAGAGACGAAAUUGAUGGAUGAGAGCGGCAAUAUUGACGAGGAGGCUUUGAUUUCUUUUAUGACUGAGAACCUUGAUGCGGAAUGGCAAACGUUGAUCUCAGAUGCGAUUACCAACUGCAAGAGUGAAGUUGAAGGUGUGCAGACGGAAACGAUGGACGUGGUUAUAAAGCCAAGAGUCACAAAAACAAGCUCAACAAUGCCGUUCCUAUAUCUUCAAUGUGUCAUAAGACGAGCAAAUGCGAACUGCCCGACGUCUUUGCAAAAAACUAACGGAGCUUGCAAGAGAGCAUUCAGCGUAAUGGGAAGGUGCAGCGUUCAGGAGAAAAGCAGCGGCAAAGCGGCCCGAAGCGCUCGCAGGUCAAACAAAGCGAAGAAGCAGUCCAAAUUUGAGAGGCCUCCAGGCCACUGGGGACCAGUGCUUAAGACGGACCUCAAAUCGUCUUCCGCUAAUCUUGACACCGCGUCAGUGGCCUAAUUAAAUCCACAUCCACAAUAAAUUUUGUUGUUAAAUAAAGGGUGACAUUGUGCAAAGAUAAAUUAAAAUGGAAUCGUGCUCGUUGGACACGUUGAGUUCAUUCAUACCAACCUGGAAGAUUUUGUUAUUCCUGCAGUCCUAUUCAUGAGCCCCUUCAGUUCCCAUAAGAUAAAAAUGAGUUAAUUUCACCUUCAGCUUUAGAGCCGAGGCAAAUGGGAAUUACCUUCUCAUGAAAAGGGCUGCAGUAAAAGUCGAUAUGUUCCAACGAGGACAAGUCCAUAUUAAUUCAUCUACGGGUUUUUACAUUUUGUUAAAAACUAGUUAUAAACUGCAGAGUGCAAAAUAAAAGUUUUCAA